GGAGGAGGAGGAGGAGGAGUUCCCCCUAUGAGUGCCGAAGCCCUUUGCGCCGCAUUCCGGCGGAGCGCACAGGCACACCGGCCGCAGCCCAGUCCCGGGCCGACGCACUUGUGUGAAAAAGUUGCUCCGGGUUUUUUCUACAGUUUUUCCUGUGUCGUUGUUGGUCCCGCUCCGGUGGUGGAAUGGUUUACAGUUCCUCCGAGCGCCGCCUGAACUGCGAGAGAAGGUGCUUUAUGUCCACUUUUUAAGGUAAAAGCCUUCAUUUGUCCCUACGCCGUAACUCCACACUGCUGGUGCACUAUGGUGAUCAUGACAGAGAACAGCCGGGGGGCUCAGUCCAGCCCUGCCCAGGGACGGCCACUGCAGGUUGGCUUCUAUGAGAUCAUCCGCACCCUGGGGAAAGGAAACUUUGCUGUGGUGAAGCUGGCCAAGCAUAAAGUCACCAAAACACAGGUGGCCAUAAAGAUAAUCGAUAAGACCAGGCUAAACCCCUCCAACCUGGAGAAGAUUUACAGAGAAGUGCAGAUUAUGAAGCUGCUGAACCACCCCCAUAUCAUCAAGCUGUACCAGGUCAUGGAGACCAAAGACAUGCUUUACAUUGUGACAGAGUAUGCAAAGAAUGGAGAGAUGUUUGACCACCUGACCUCAAACGGCCGGAUGAGUGAAGAUGAGGCCCGUAAGAAGUUCUGGCAGAUUCUUACAGCAGUGGACUACUGCCAUCGACACCACAUUGUUCACCGCGACCUAAAAACUGAGAACCUAUUGCUGGAUGCCAACAUGAACAUUAAACUAGCUGACUUUGGAUUUGGAAACUUCUACAAUGCAGGAGAGCCUCUGUCCACAUGGUGUGGAAGCCCCCCAUACGCUGCCCCUGAAGUGUUUGAAGGGAAGGAAUAUGAGGGGCCUCAGCUGGACAUUUGGAGCCUCGGCGUGGUGCUGUACGUUCUCGUCUGUGGCUCACUUCCAUUUGAUGGACCGAGCCUUCCUGCACUCAGGCAGAGAGUUACCGAGGGUCGAUUCAGGAUACCAUUCUUCAUGUCCCAAGACUGUGAAAGUCUGAUUCGUAAGAUGCUGGUGGUGGACCCAGCCAAGAGGAUCACCGUGGCCCAGAUCAAGCAGCACCGCUGGAUGCUGGCAGACCCGACGGCUGCCCAUCAGACUCUAUGCCACUCCCUGACCGAGUACAACUCAAACCUCGGAGACUACAGUGAACCUGUGCUGGGGAUCAUGAACACACUGGGCAUUGACCGCCAGAAGACUAUAGAGUCUCUGCAGAGCAGCAGCUACAAUCACUUCUCUGCUAUCUACUACCUGCUGCUGGAGAGAGUCAGAGAACAUCGCAACCAGCAGCUGAGCCGCCAGUGUGGAACCUGGAGUCAGAGACCCAGGGGUGCCUCCGACUCCACUGGCCCAGAGGUGAUAAUGGAGUCCAGCGACAGCUUUAGAGCUGCACCGUUUUCCGUUCCAGCUAAAAACACUGCUCCUGUCUACUCUGAGAUGGAGUGUGAUCAAGGUGGACUCUUCCAGCGCGUGGUGUUUCCAGUGGAGGCCAGCCUCAACAGAUUGCUGUGGAACCGGUCCAUUUCACCCAACAGCCUGCUGGAGACGAGCAUCAGCGAAGAGGUGCGACCCAGAGACCUGGAGGAGGAGGAGGCGACGCAGACGCUUGGGCCCCUUCUCCCUCCCACCACCACAUCCCGCAGACACACUCUGGCUGAAGUGUCUGCGCGUUUCCACCAGUGCAACCCCCCAUGUAUAGUUGUCAGUCCCUCUGAUGGUGCCUCCUCUGACAGCUGUCUGAAGUCUUCAUCCAGUCCUGCCCCCACUCUGCAGGCUGCUAUGGGUGACAUGUCAACACUUUUGGCCUCUGGGGCCAAAGGUGGAGCUCUGCUGCCCACUGGAGCUCCUCUGGCGCUUUCCUCCCACCUCCUUCCCCAGGCACAGGGCAGCCUGCCCCCUGCCAGCUUCCAGGAGGGUCGUAGAGCCUCCGACACCUCCCUCACGCAAGGCCUCAAAGCUUUCCGCCAGCAGCUGAGGAAAAACACACGCACCAAAGGGCUACUGGGAUUAAAUAAGAUCAAGGGUCUGACGAGACAGGUUGUUCCUCCACCCUGUAACCGCGGUAGCCGGGGGUCGCUGGGCCCCACCCUCUCCGAGCACCGCAGCAUGCUGGAGGAGGUGCUUCACCAGCAGAGGUUGCUCCAGAUCCAGCACCAACCCCAGCCUCAGGUUCAAGCUGCUCCCACAGGACCUACCCAGAAUCCCCUGCUCUUUCUGGCCCAGCAAAAAGCGUCCUCUCCUCCGCCUACUUCCGUUUUUUCUUCCUCCCCCAUGUUCGACACUCCCACUCACGCUGCCCUUCCUCCUCAGCAAGUGUCCGUGGGCCUUCAACACAGCCCCUGGCAGCAGACCCUCGAGACCCCUUCUUCUGGUUCCUCCUCCUCAUCCUGCUACGCCUCAUCUCUGUCUCCCGUAGCCUCUGCUGCUUAUCUCCUUGAGGCUCAUCUGCACAUCAGCCAGCAGCCGCAGACCGUGCCCCACUCCAGCCUCCAGCAGCAGCCGCUGUCCGCAGCACAAGGCACCUUCCCCAUCCUAUCCAAACCCACGGCGUGGCGCAUGGGCUCGUCUACUGGAGCUGAUCCUGACUUGCAGGAACUGGGCUUGUCUGGGCAGCAGCAGCAGCUCAGCAGCUGCGUGAUGGUGAAGUAGAACAUCGACCAUGAAGACCAACGAUUGUUCGGUUUCUGGAAGGCGCGCAGAGAAAGAAAUCACGUAACUUUGAGCCUGAAGAGACGAAAGCAUAAGUGAGGAGAACAAACAAAAAGCAGAUGCAAACAACAAAUUUACAUUUUAUUUCAUGACGUGAGUUACACAUGUCCCACAUGUGUACACGGUGUGCUUUUGAUAUCACAUAAGCUAAAGACUAAGCAAUAACCAAACUCUGGAUGAGGUGUACUACAGCCAGAGAAGCAAUAAUAUAGACUGAAAGGCUCUCAUCCACCUCCUGGACAGACUCCAGAGUGGGAGCUGACACUGAACGAACUGAAAUAUGUCUCGAAUGUUUCAAGAAGCUAAUUAGUUUCGCUAAAAACAAGAAGGCUCCAUCUUCCUUGUUCCUUUUUCAUUUUUUGAGUAAUUUCUUGUUCUUGUUGUUUUUCACUUGACUGGACAGAAGACCAAAAUCUUUUCUUUUCAUUCAGUUUUUCCCCUGUUAUGCCUUUUUACAGAGACAUUCCCUGUAGCAGCGCAAUGAACAUACAGUUUAGUGCCCUAAGCUCACAUGCAUUCACUGAACGAGUCCAUUUUGGUUCAUACAAAAACUGUAUGUUUUUUUUUCCUGCGCAAGAUUAUUAUAGCUAAGCAAGUGUUGCUUUUACCUCAAGCUGCAUCAGACUGCUAUGUCCUCACCAGCCGAAAUGAAGAGAGUCUCAUAGGUUGAGUCAAGCACAACAGGUACAUGAGUCAGCUUAGUAGCACCUUACAUACAGCGCGUGGAUGCAUCUGCAUUCCCUUCCUCUGAGCACCUUCUCGUUAGAUGCUUUUACUACCUCCUCAGGCAAGAAUUUGGAAUCAGAAAACCGAGUGAAACCUUGUCAGUCCCAGACUAUCAGAGGAAUGACACUUUUCAUAAGGACAGAACAAAGACUGUGGGAAUAGUGCAAUAUUUCACAUUGAAAUACAAAGGAAUGCUGAGGCUCUACAUAGGAUGGUCAAAACAUGCACGGAAUAAGGACAUUUGCCUGAGGCUUUUGUGUUUUCUGAGGCUUUUUGACCUUGCUGUGCUGGCCAGCCGACUAAAACAGGUACUAGCUCUGUAACAAUAACAGACGGCUGUAGGAAUAAAGAGGACUGAGUGCUGUACCGUCACACACGCACACGCAGGUCUGUAACUGAAAAGAACAUUUGGGUUUUACCAAAGAGUGAUCAGCACAGGAGAAAGGUGGUCCACCACACAUACACUACUGACGUUUCACUUCGAAUGCUGUGUCUAAAUGUAGCAUGGUCAUUACCUAGCAUUUUCACAUGGUCUUCUUAGCUUUUGCUCUGAGAAAAAGUCCCGCUGCUACCAAAUGCUACACGUGUUGUUGACAUCUCUAGCUGUUACUAUCAGGACCGUGGAGGUAUUUGUUUUUGUACUUUUCUAGGAAAAAAGAAAGGCGGAAUAAAGCAAUACCCUACUGGAAGCUGAAUGAUCUUCAGUGGCUAGAAAUGGGUGGAAAUGAUCUGCAACAAGCUCAUUUAGUUGUGUAGAUAAUAUAGUAGAAGCUGCAUAAAUAUGGCAGGAAGACAGUUAGUUUUCUCAUAUCUGUGGAACAUCUUGUAAAGGUGCAGUGUUUUCCCCGAGUUCUAGUCCAGUUGGAAACUUGCAGUGUUAAUACUUCUAGUUGAUUCCACUCGUUACCAACACUUGUGCCUUUGUCUGAACCCAGCUUUGGAGGUCUCCACCUCUGACUGCACCACUGAAGAAAAGAUGGACGGCUCUAUUAGUGGCUGUUCAUUCAGAAGCCCCCUUUGAUAUCUUCUUUGACCUUGCAACUUGCUCUGUAAACAGAAACAAGCACUUUAUUCACAUUUCUUAUUACCAAUGUUUUUGUUUCUCAUUUGAUGAAAACGCUGAAACACUAAGACUCUUGACGCAAACAUGCGAGAUGACCCUUUUUGAUAAACUUUGGAUAAUAAGAAGUAUUUCAUGUUUUUUUCAUGUUAUGCUUUGUCAUUUGUUACUUGACUGUGUGAGCUCGUACAUUUCUGUAAGAUUGUGUGUCAGUGUGUGUGUGUGUGUGUGUGUGUGUGUGUGUGUGUGUGUGUGUGUGUGUGUGUGUGAGUGGAGAGGAGGAAACAAAAAUAGAAAGACAAGAAGGAAUGUUUGUAAAAGAACGAUUGUUUAUUUAUGUGGCUAUUUAUUUAAAUAAAGUUCACUUCCUCAA